AUGCAUUUCUCUAACCUCGUCUUCCUCUCCCUCGCUGCCCUAACUCCCCUGGUCACCGCAACCGGCCACGCAAAGGUCACCAACAACUGCGCUGCCCCCGUCUACCUCUGGUCCGUCGGUGGCUCUGUCGGUGAGCGCCAAACCAUCCAGCCCGGCCAAACCUACAGCGAGACCUUCCACCACGACCCUUCCUCCGGUGGCAUUGCUCUCAAGAUCACCCGCACGCCUAACGGGUUGUACGAUGGCAGCCCACAGCUGAGCUAUCAGUAUACGCUUGACCCGACCCAGGUGUGGUACGACCUGGCGAACACCUUCGGGGCACCGUUCAGUGGGAACGUUGUCACUUUGCAUUCGGACAACGCGAAGUGUCCUGGGAUUUGCUGGUCUAAUGGGGUUUCCCCCGGUGGGAAUCAGGUGAAGACCUGUGAGCCGGAGUCGGAUAAGGAGCUUGUUCUCUGUGCAGCAGGGUGUUAA